AUGGAUCCGUCGCCGUCGGAGUAUCUUCAGCAAUGCGCGCAAGAAGACCAAGCAGGGCUCGACGAGUACAUGGCAAGCAGGCCAAUGACCUCAUUGUCGUCCGAUAGUAUAUUUGCCGACAGCAAUGAGCCAGAAGCCUCACGUGACGCUACUUCACGAAACUUUCAUGUUUCCACACACCUUGUCUGGGGUUGCGCGAUGCCUGGCUGCAAUAAGCAAAGAGAAGUCGCCACCGGUGCUUGUCCGAUGUGUGAAGCGGUACAGUACUGCAGUCAUGAACAUCAACUGAUCGAUCGCCCGGGGCAUCGAUCUGCAUGCUCCAAAAUCAGGAAGGCACGCGCGAGUUACAAGAAAGCCGAAAAAUCUCUGAGGCGACGUUAUGGCGACGCAAUGACCGAAAGAGAUUGGCGUCCUGUUUGGCGAAGAGGCGCCGCGUGGGAGUACAUGCGCCUUCGCCGGUCGCUCGUGGAAGCGCUGCUCAAAGUGAAUACUGCGCAGGCGAUUACGUUGGCUUCGGAACAUCUCUUCGACACGCUACGGUUGUGGCGAACAGAUGAGAUGUGCGCUCGCGACGUUGUACCUGCGCUUCUUCUCAGACUGGGGCGAGUGCAAGACGCUUAUGAUUUCUGCCACUGGUGGGCCACAACUGGUCACGCAGAUCAUGACUGGCAGGACCCGCGCGCUGGAUACCUCGACACCAAAAACGCAGAUGUGUUCCAGGGUCUCGAGAUAUUUACGGCAAGGGAGAAAGACUUGUCACAUCUCAUCGUCGUCACUUUAAUCAAGAUUCGGUUGCUUAUGGAUCUCCAAUCUGUACAACGAGCACGGGAGUUUGCUGGUCCGCACGUCCCAAGGGAGAUUCUCGACACCAUUCAACAGCACUGCAUCACCUCCAUUGUUGCGUGUGAAUCUAGGAUCAUUGAACGAGACGAUCAGUCUGCACAAGUUGCGGGAUUGCGGAAGCAGAUUCUGGAGCUGUACACAGUCGUGACAGAGUUAAAUCCGCAUUUCUGGCCCGCGCUGAUAGAACCCGGCGAACAUCUCAAAGCUCGACCAGUUUCUUAUAAACAAGGAGAUGAGGGGCAGAUGCAGCUCGUUCUGCAACACAACUACAAUGCAUGGUCUGAAACUCCUGGCGCAAUCAGUGUCAUUGAAGAGUUUAUGAGGCCUUUCGUAGUGUACUAG